GGCCGCGAUCACGAGCACCGGCAGCCAAAACAAUCAGCAACCAUGUCGUCGUCACUCGAGGCCAAAAUCGUUGUGCUCGGCGCCCAGGGCGUCGGCAAGACCUCGCUGGUGAUGCGCUACUGCAAGGGCUCCUUCAACCCCUCGCAGACCACGUCGACCGUUGGCGCAAGCUUCCUGACCAAGCGCGUGGUCGACACCGACACGGACACGUUGGUGCGCCUGCAGAUCUGGGACACGGCCGGCCAGGAGCGCUUCCGCUCCAUCUCGCGCCUGUACUACCGCGGCGCCAACGCCUGCAUCCUGUGCUACUCCAUCACGGACGCGCAGUCGUUCGCCGAGAUGGGCAUCUGGCUGACCGAGCUGCGCCGCAACCUGCCGCCUGACAUCGUGCUGCACGUGGUCGGCACCAAGGCCGACAUCGUCGCCCGCGACCCCUCCCGCCGCGAGGUGCCCUUCGAGCGCUGCAUCGCCUACGUCGCCGAGAACCUCAACCCGGGCAUGGGCUCCACCCCGCCGCCCACCGC